AACGCGUUGCAAAGGGAUUUUAAUAGCGUGUUACAAUGUAGCAGGAUGCUAAUUAUCAACAUCAUGAAGGAGUGUCAUAAUCUCGAAUGUCACAAACCCUUCUGGUGGCACAUCAGAGGCUCCCUAACCGUGAUGGAUUGAACACUGAAACCGAAGAACAUUGUUGAUCAUCUUCUGCCUAAGUGCCCAGCCAGGCAUGGACUGGCAGCGGGACCUGCCGUAUGACCACAUCGCAGCGGACCUGCCGCUGUCCGGCGUGCCAACAGAAGCUGACAUCCAGCAGCUCCUCCGAGACACGGAAGAGAAGCUAAAGCUCAACGCCAGCAGCAUCGAGCAGAGCCUGCGGGAUCUGCAGGGGAAGAUGGGUGAGCACUGGGGCGGUGAGAGGCCCUCCAGCCCUACGGAGCUGCUGCAGUGGUUCAACCCGCGCAACCCCAACGGCCUCAGGCCCGUCGCCACGGGACACCAGGAGCUGCUGGAGUUCUACAGAGCACUGCAACAGUUCCUGAAGGCGGAGGAGAACCGCGAGGAGGUGGUGCUGCAGCUCCUGGUGAACAUCUCCUACCAGUGCGGCGUCUCUUUCCCCAGCUCCGUCCCCCUGGGCUCCCAGCAAACCUCGCUGCUGCCCAGCAUCUUCUGCACGGUGCGCGACGAGUCGCCCCUGGAGCUGCAGGACCUGUGGGAGGAAGUGCGGCUCCAGCUGCAGCUCCACCUGCUGGAGAAGCUGGAGAUGGUCGGCGGCGGUGGCGGCGGGACCGCGAGGGCAGGGGAGGAAGGUGAGGAGAAGGAGAAGGAGGAAGAGGAGGAGGAGGAAGAUGAGGAGGUGGGUGUGGUGUCUCGGGUGCCCAAGCGCAUCGUCUGCCUCCAGCAGCUUCUCUUCCUCUACCCGGAGAGCCAGGUGCUGGCGCGCUACCAGCGGCUCCGCGCCAAAGCCACGCGGGCCCUCGUCCAGGCCUCCCAGGUGUCCAGAGCGGCCCGAGCGGCCGAGCGGGGCUUCGAGCGGCUGGCGGCGGGCUUCCGGGUGGCCGUGCCGGCCCUCGCCACCAUGGUGACCGAGGACCUCCACGCGCUGAACGUCGUGGGCGUGGAACCGCACGCCACCCUGGGCUUCCUCAACCAGGCGUACCUGGGCACGGUGACCAAGGAGCUGGGGCUACUGAUGGAGCGGGAGAUCGAGAACGCCUUGAAGGACAACACGGCGCCCCAGUGGAAGGGUGCACGCAGGCUGAGCAGGAGCAAGGCCACUGUCGUUCCUCAGGAGCCGGUGCGUAAGGUGCGUAGCUUCUCCCUGACGUCGCACCAGCUGGGCUGCCUGUCGCGGCUGGCGUCCACGCUACUGGAGCUGGAGCAGCGGGUGGAGGAGCUGGCCACCGACGUAGGCUUCCUCAGCUGCGCUGGGGAGUCUGCCUGCGGCCCCAGAGGGAUCUUAAAGAGAUCUAAAGAGGACCUCGAGACGGGUCCAGGAGAGGGCAGCAGCGCCGCCACACCCGAUUUGCUCCUGAACUCUGCAGAGCCGGUGUCCCUGGAGUUUGAGUGGCGGGGGGCAUUUGUUGAGCUGGUGCCCCAGAUGGCUCACUGCGUGAAGGUGCUACUGGAGGACGUGUGUGCCAGGGGCUUGCAGCAGGAGGAGGUGGCACGUGCCAGCUCGGCCGUCCUGGCGCUGGGCACAGUGCCACAGAGACAGGGCAUCGGCCUCACCUGUCUGGAGCGAGAGUGCCCCAAGAUGAUCGCCAAGUUCUGCGGUGACAUCAUGGAGGAGGUGGACAGCCUCCUGCCGCUGGCGAUGGUCUCCCGCGGCGACCCGCUGCUGCCCGUGCGUCACAGCUUCGCCGACGUGUGUGCCCGCGUGGGCCUGGCCCUGGUCACCCGGCUGCAGGAGAGGGCCAGGGAGGUGCCCGCCGACGCCCCCUUCUACAACCUGCCCGGCCUGCUGGCCACCAGCAUCUACCUCGGACAUCGGCUGGAGCUCUACGAGAGCGAGCUGAGCGACGGUGCCCGCACACCUUUGGCCCAGCUCCCCACCCAGAAGUGCCUGGACCUGAGCACCUCCCAGGACCAGCUGACCAGCUACUGCCUGGGCGUCUGUGCCUCCAGUCUGCUGCUGGACGCUGAGAGCCACUACUGGGCCGACCCCAAACCUUUCUAUGAGGACGAGCGCUGCUCCUUCUCCAUCCAGAUGUGGCACUACUUCCUGACGGGCGUGCGGAGUGACCUGUGGGCGGCGCUGCCGCCUGACCUGGCCCGUCGGCUCCUGGCCCAGGUGCUGUGCGAGAGCCUGCAGCUGCUGGUGCAGCGGUACUCUCGCGCACGGCCCUCCUACCGCAGGGUCCAGCAGGUCAGGUCGGACAUCGCCGCCAUCCUGCUGUGUGUGCAACAGCUGCUCUGGAGUGUGUGUGAGGGCCUCGGGGAGCUGCUGGCGUCCGACGCCAAGGCCUUCGUCCUCCCGCGCUCGUCUGCGGCGGCCGACUGGGUCCAGGCGGUCCACGGCCUCUGCAUGCAGCUGCUCAACGUGCUGGUCGUCGUCACGACGCCCCUGCCAGAGCUCUACGGGACCUUUCGAGAUGGCCCUGAGUCUUUGGGAAUGCCACCAGGGCAAGCUGAGGAUGCCGCUCCUGCCCAGGCAGAGGGUGGCGCAUCCGCAGCCCCAGAGGGGGAGGGAGAAGACGUGGGCACCUCGUCUGCCCCGGGCGAGGCUGGCACCCCAGUCGAGGGAGAACAGGGGGUCGCACCACCUGCCCAGGGGGAGAAGGACAGCCCUGUCCUGGACGACGCCUACUGGCUGGCUGUGAUUAACCCUGCGGUGUUCCCCGAGCAGGCGCUGAGAGACAGCAUGGGCAGCGAUGAGUCCUGCCUGUGGCUCCUGAGGAUGGUCGCUGCUGGGCCCUGCUUCAGUCCGUCCCCUCCUGCUCAACACCCUACCUGCACAGAGACUGCCUGCUACUCCGCACACUGAUGGAGCACUCAUACUUGUUUGCCGAGGAGCCUGUGGACGUUCCCCGAGAGGUCCAGGAGGCGGCCGAUGGCUUCCUGGAGGCCAUGGUCACCGUGCUGGCCUCCCUGAGCAAAGUGCCCAGGGCUUUGACCCAAGCGCUAGAGCCCUACCUCAACAAGAACCAACUCUGGGACCACUUCUACAACCUGACA